UGAAAUACUCUGGGUACCUGGAACACGGGGAUGAGCCCUUCUGCACAAACUGCUACAGCAAGUCUCCUGGGCUGAUGAAACUUGGAAAAGACAUUACGCUGGGGGGUCUGGAAAUUGGCCUGCUGACGAUGAAGAAGGGAGAGGCAGCAAGAUUUGUCUUCAUGCCGGAUUAUGCCUAUGGGCGGCAGGGCUGUCCUCCUCUCAUUCCCCCGAAUGCCAUGGUCAUGUUUGAAGUGGAGGUGCUGGACUUCCUAGACUCAGCUGAAUCUGAUGCAUUCUUUGAGUUGACUGCUGAGCAGCAGGAUACGUUUUCACUACAAAAGGUGUUGAAAGUGGCAGACACAGAGAGAGAGUUUGGCAACUACCUCUACCGUAAGCGUCACUUCGAGAGUGCCAAAGACAGAUACAAAAGGGCGUUCUCCAUCCUUGGUCGCAGCCCUUCCAGUGAGGCAGAGCAGUGUCAGAUCAAUACUUCCAAGUUGCUUGUGCUUCUGAAUCUCUCACUCACUUACCUGAAACUGGAACGUCCUGCCCGAGCUUUGGCGUAUGGGGAGAAGGCCUUGGAGAUUGACCAAAGAAACGCCAAAGCACUGUUCAGGUGUGGCCAGGCUUGUCUCUGCAUGACAGAAUAUGAAAAAGCCCGGGAUUUCCUGGUCAGAGCUCAGCAUAUACAGCCAUUUAACCACGAUAUUAACAAUGAGCUGAAAAAGUUGGCAAGCUGCUACAAGGACUACAUGGAAAAGGAGAAAGAAAUGUGCUGCCGAAUGUUUGCCCCUCUCAACUCUUCUUCUGGCUGA